AUGCCGCGCGAGAACGAGGCGGAGGACGGCGCGCGGGGGGACGAGGACGCGCGCGACUUCGACGACGACGACGACGACGACGAAAACGUCGAGGUGCUGCCGUACAUCGGCGGUGAGCUCCUGAAACCGGACCCGCCGGGACAUAAGUCAGGGUACGCCGCCAUCGUCGGACGACCGAACGCGGGGAAGAGCACGCUGAUGAAUGAUUUGGUCGGGACGAAGCUGAGCAUCGUGACGUACAAGCCGCAGACGACGCGGCAUCGGAUUUUGGGCAUCCUGAGCGACGAGAACUCGCAGAUGGUGCUUCUGGACACGCCGGGGGUGAUGGUGGAGGAGUUUAAUAAGCUGGAUGGGAUGAUGCUGAAGAGCGUGCGGAAUUCGAUGGCGAACGCGGAUGUGUUGUUUUACAUCGUGGACGCGGCGCGGGAUCCGUACGGGGCGUGGGAAGGUUUGGCGCCGAAGAAGGGUAAGCGCGUGCCGACGGCGUUGAUUUUGAACAAAUGUGACAUGGUUGGCGAUCGUGAGCGGAUCAUGGAGUUGAUUGAGUACUUUCAAGCGCAAGAGGCGAUCGACGAGGUGUUGCCGAUUUCGGCGCUCAACUCAACGGGGACGCGCAACGUCAAAGAGUGGGCGCUGGAACGUUUACCGCUCGGCCCGACGCUUUACCCCAAAGACGCCAUCAGCGAGCACCCCGAACGAUUCUUCAUCGCCGAAAUCAUCCGCGAGAAGAUAUUUUUGCAGUACAAACAAGAGGUGCCGUACAGCACGCAAGUUUGGAUCGAGACGCACAAGGAACGCGACGGCGUGAAGAAGGAUCUCAUCCUCGCCAAAGUCUUCGUCGAGCGUCAAUCUCAAAUCGGCAUCAUCGUCGGCCAAGGCGGGGCGGCGAUGAAAAAACUUUCGUCCAGCGCGCGCGCGGACAUUGAGAAGUUUUUAGGCCGCCCGGUAUUUUUAGACAUCCAAGUCAAAGUCCGCGACGGCUGGCGCGAAGACGACCGCAGCCUCGAAGACCUCGGCCUGGACGACCCCAAUAGAUUAGAGAGCCCAUCCAUCUAG